AUGCUGAGCCUCGGCAUCGAGCCCUUCCGCCCGGCCCUGCUCUGGAGACGCUACGCCGAGGAUACCGAGGGCCUGUACUUGGAAUGCGCGCAGCAGAUGCCCUGGAGACAGGCCGUCUUCAGAAAGCGCAACUACGAGACGGGGGAAGUUACGGUUACAGGUAUCGCGUCCAACCGCCAGGACUGCAGCUAUCCCACCUUGGCCACGGGGAUCCCGCGCCUGGAUGUGGUGCUGCAGCGUCUCAAGAGGGACCUCCAGAUCCAGGAUCCGAGGGCAUUUCUCCUGAACAACUUUUAUCCAGAAGGGAACACGAGCAUCGCGCCUCAUCAGCACGACUUCUGGUCGGCCAUCCUGUCGCUGGGCGCGUCUCGCGUCUUCACGCUGGACGGAUCUCCCGUGCUGCUGGGCGACGGGGAUGUUUUGGUCAUUGGCACCCAGCGCCACGGAGUGCCUAAGAUGCCGGAGGCGAGAGAAGCGUCGCUCGGCAGGUCCCUUUGGCCGAUACUCAAGCUUCAAGCCAGCUGCCCAAGAAAAAACGGGUUCCAGUCAAGGGGUUCCGAUCGCUACUACCAAAGGACAAUCUUGUGUGUAGCAUCCUGCAGCCCAAGUUAG